GAGCCGGUGCUGUUCAUGAAGCCCACGUCAUCGUACCUCGCCAGUGGAGGCACGAUCCAGAUCCCCCAUCCGUUGGAGUCGCUGGAUCACGAGGUGGAGCUUGCUGUUGUGAUCGGUCAGAAGGCUCGCGAUGUGGAGGAAUAUACUGCCAUGGAUUACGUUGGAGGUUAUGCACUUGCAUUGGAUAUGACUGCAAGAGAAAUCCAAGCAUCUGCUAAG